AGCAGAAGAGGGGGAGUGAAGGACUAACAGUGCAAGUCAGAAAAUAAUUUUCUUAGAAGGAUAGAGAGCCACUUCUCCUGGUUUCCACCAUCUGCUGCCUUUUAUGGUCAAACUGUGGAAGGAGAUUUAGUAGAGUAGUGAAGCCCGGGACGUACGGCAGCUCAGUCAGACACGCUCAGAGCUGGAUAGCGGGGGGCUGAGGACACUGGGGACCCUUGAGGCACAGGAACAGGGCAGGACAGCUGGGACUGAGUGAGGUGGCACACAUCACCACAGGGCUCAUGGGAAAAAUACGCAGAGGGGCUUAACAGGAACUCAAACAGCUUUGACUAAGGAAGAAGUGAAGAUGACUGAGCGUUAUGACUGUCACUACUGUAAAGAGUCCCUGUUUGGGAAUAAGUAUGUUCUUCGUGAGGAGAACCCGUACUGUGUGAAGUGCUAUGAAAGUCUGUAUUCCAACACCUGUGAGGAAUGCAAGAAACCCAUCGGCUGCAACAGCAGGGAUCUGUCCUACAAAGACCGUCACUGGCAUGAUGAAUGUUUCCACUGCUUCCAGUGCAAGCGCUCGCUGGUGGACAAGCCCUUCUCUACCAAAGAUGAGCAGCUUCUGUGUACCGAGUGCUAUUCUAACGAAUACUCCUCCAAAUGCCACGCAUGCAAGAAGACCAUCAUGCCUGGCUCCAGGAAGAUGGAACAUAAAGGAAACAGCUGGCAUGAAACCUGCUUCACCUGCCAGCGUUGCCAGCAGCCGAUUGGCACCAAGAGCUUCAUCCCUAAAGACAACCAUAACUACUGCGUGCCCUGUUACGAAAAGCAGUUUGCCAUGCAAUGUGUUCACUGCAAGAAGCCCAUCACCACUGGAGGUGUGACCUAUCAUGACCAGCCAUGGCACAAGGACUGUUUCCUGUGUACCGGCUGUAAGCAGCAGCUGUCUGGUCAGCGCUUCACCUCCCGUGAUGACUUCGCCUAUUGCCUCAACUGCUUCUGUAACUUGUAUGCAAAAAAAUGUGCCUCCUGCACCACCCCCAUUAGUGGACUUGGAGGCAGCAAGUACAUCUCAUUUGAAGAACGCCAGUGGCACAACGAUUGUUUCAACUGCAAGAAGUGCUCAGUGUCACUGGUGGGCAGAGGUUUUCUGACCGAGAGAGAUGACAUCUUGUGCCCUGACUGUGGCAAAGACAUCUGAACGAUUGUUCGAAAUCAGUCUAGAGGUUCAUUUACCAAAGCAUUGAUGAAUGCCAAAGCAUGAAACUGUGUGCGAGUGAUGAGUACAUUUACUUUAGGUGACACAUGAAAAUAUAGUGAAUACUAUGAUUACAGAAAGUAGUCUAACAAAAGAAAAAGGCAGAUUAUCUUUAUUUCAAUAGAGUUCUAUGAGUGUUUGAAGAUUGAAGAAAGAGCUGUUUAUUACUUACCAUUUAAAUAUCUGACUCGUUCUAUGAUGUGUCACAUAACAUGGUAUGUCUUAACUAACAAAAAAAGUGUUUUGGUCUUUUCUGUAUGCAAUAAUUGAUUAAAAAUGUACUUUAAUAACCCAUUUAAUUAAAAUUAUCAUUAAAAGUAUU